AUGUCAAAGAGAAGAAUUCACACUUUUCGAGAUGAUAACGAACUUCCUAGAGGAGAAGAAAUCUCCAAACAUCUCCUCAAGGCAAUUCAAGAAUCAAAGAUAUCAAUAGUUGUCUUCUCAAAAGGCUAUGCUUCUUCUAGAUGGAGUCUUAACGAACUUGUAGAGAUUCUUGAGUGCAAAAAUAGCAAUAUUAAUAAAAUUGUUCUUCCGAUAUUUUAUGACAUUGAUCCUUCAAAUGUUCGAAAACAGACAGGCAGUUUUGCAAAAGCAUUUGAUAAACACGAAGAACAAUUUACAGAGAAGGCAAAGGAGUGGAGAAAAGCUCUUGAGGAGGUCGGAAAUCUAUCUGGAUGGGAUCUCAAUGAUAUGGCAAAUGGGUAUGCUUUUUCUUUUUAUAGUUCACUUGUAGGCAUCACUAUGAAGUCAUCAAUCCAAGGCUUGUGA